GACUGGCUGACGCAUCAGCACCGUGAUACACUUUCGUCCAUAGUAGGGCACCCUACUCUGACCUCAUACCUUGCCAUUGCGGAUGGAGAAGCAACGGGCCGCGUCAAGUUUGAAAUGACCGAGGCAAGUCGAAUGUUGCAGCCAUGCGGACCGCCUCCCCGAAAAGAUGAUGAUUAG